AGGCCACCAUAACUCCAGCCACCAAUGCAAAAGCAGAGAGAAAGAGAGAGAGGAUAAAUAAAAGCCAGCGAAGGAAGCCAAAAAAGCCAUGGAACACCUCAGGAUCUAUGCCAUUACCCUGCUCUUUCUCCUCCACUUCACCACUCAAACUGCAGCUCAACCUGCACCGGCUCCAGCUCCACCAGGCCCAACGAACAUCACGAAAAUACUUGAGAAGGCAGGGCAGUUCACUACAUUCAUCCGGCUGCUUAAGAGUACCAAAGUUGAUGACCAGAUCAACAACCAGCUCAACAACUCCAACACCGGUCUCACGGUCUUUGCUCCCCCUGACAAUGCCUUCUCCAGCCUUGCCUCGGGCACUCUCAACUCCCUCACCGACCAGCAGAAGGUUGAACUGAUCCAGUUCCAUGUGCUUCCUUCCUUCAUCUCCAUGUCCCAGUUCCAAACAGUGAGCAACCCACUCCGAACCAACGCAGGUGAUGCAUACAAUGGGCGGUUCCCACUCAAUGUGACAACCAUAGGGAACGGCGUGAACAUAACAACAGGGAUUGUCAACACCACGGUGUCCAACUCCAUCUACUCAGAUAACCAGCUUGCUGUGUACCAAGUUGACAAGGUGCUCCUCCCAUUGGAUAUCUUCGGACCCCCAGCCCCUGCCCCUGCACCCUCCAAAUCUAAGAAGAAGGCUUCUCCUCUUGCUGAAGGGCCUUCGAGCACUUCGUCGGAUUCUACGGGGGCCUCUGCUGCUGUUAGCUUGAAUUGGAGUGCGUCUGCGGGUGCCAUUGCUGUUGUAGCUGCUCUCAUUUCUCUCUGGUGGAGUCUCUGAGUGCUUUUGCUGUUCUUUUCUAUCUUUUGCUGAGUGGUGGUCUGUGUCGGGUAUCGGGGCUUGCAUUUUUCUGGUGUCCUUUUAUUUUGCCUGGUUUUAUCUCUGCAACAGAUUUUGAAUUUUUAUUUGAUUUAUGUAUGUGCUAAGAUAAAGAUGAGAGAGUGAUAACAUAAACAUCAAUGUGUCCAUAUAGCCUCUGAAUUUAAGAAUUAAUUUGGAUCAUGA